AUGGCCCAACAUUCGCAUUCAUACCCAGACGGCCGUCUAGAGACAGAGAUGAAGGUUGACUGGUCCGAAUUUGCUAAAGACAAGAUUGGCUCAUUCAGGUUGAUCCCAAACGGGAUUCCGGGUGUGGAGACCAGGUUGCCGUUGUUGUUUACGAGGGGUGUGGAAGAAGGAAGGAUCAGUCCGAUGAAGUUCGUGGAGCUCACGGCCACAAAUCCUGCAAAACUGUAUGGCCUGUAUCCGCAGAAAGGCACGUUGGUCCCAGGCUCAGACGCAGACAUCGUUGUUUGGUUCCCUAAAAGCGCUAUGAACCCUUUCCACCUCGACAAUAGCCAGUUGCACCACAACGUUGACUAUACGCCAUAUCAGCACAUGCGCUUCACGAACUGGCCCCGCUAUACUAUCGCCCGAGGAAAACUCAUGUGGGCGAACGGUCAGCUCCUAGGGAAAGUCAGGGAUGGGAAAUAUCUCAAGAGGGGGAAGAGUUUGUUGGCUGGUUAUGCAGGUAUGGGUGUGCACAGUGUGGGAAGAAGCGUGCAGGAGUGGGAGAAGGAUAAGCGGCGAGUUGCGACGUGGUUGUAUGACUAG